UCAUUUGUGACUUGUGUUAACACUGAAUUGACAAAAUAAUUUCAUUUCAAUCUAAACAAAGAGUCACUGUUGUGAAUCUUGGAUAGCUUUUAUUGUUUUUCAAAACAUAAUAUUUUAGUUAUGUCAUAUCAACUCUAUAGAAAUACUACUAUUGGCAAUACAUUGCAGGAAAGCCUUGAUGAAUUAAUUCAAUAUGGACAAAUAACACCGACAUUGGCCGUUAAAGUAUUAUUACAAUUCGACAAAUCUAUUAAUCAAGCGUUAUCGAGCAGGGUAAAAUCUAGAUUAACCUUCAAAGCUGGAAAAUUAAAUACAUAUAGGUUUUGUGAUAAUGUUUGGACUUUUAUGUUAAAUGAUGUUGAAUUCAGAGAAGUUCAUGAAGUGGCUAAAGUGGAUAAAGUUAAAAUAGUGGCCUGUGAUGGCAAAAAUGUGGAGGAACGUAGAUAAUGUUACUUAGAUUUAUACUGCCCAUAUAAAAUAAGCUAUUUAGCCUUUGUCAUUGUAACAUGGACUUAUUACCUAAAUAAAUUAUUUAAGAAUCCAAAAAUGGUAAUUUUUUGUGUAGUACAUAGCCACAAAGAGAGUGAACUUAACAUUAUUUGAAGUCUUAUUUAAUAAUUGACUCUUUAUUGUCUGUAACUUUUAAUACAUGUCAAUAAAAAUCAUGAAGAUUGAAUUAAAAGUUAUAGAAUUGGUUUAUUUACUUUCUCAAAUAAAGUGUUAAGAAUAAAGAAUAAAAAUAAGUAAAUA